AUGAUGGCUGUAGACUUGUUCCUGGCAGUUAUUAUGCCCAUCAGGUAAGCCGGCAUUUUUAGGCGAAACUACAAUAUCCGGAUCUAGACACAAGUUCUGGCAGCGAGGCCCGUACCUCUUUGCACUGUGCGUUCCUCCAGUGGCCUUCUCGGCGUUUGCAGUGGCAAUUGAGAAGCUGUACGUCAACCACGAUUACUUACUUUUUUGUACAGUAUCACUCGGUAACAUGAGAACUUGUAUCAAUUUCUACUUCAUUUCUUUCAGCUGUUCCCACGACAGUCCGUUUCUGGGGCACUCUGAUCACCUUCUCCACCGUACUUCUCGCUGUCAUCCUCAUCCUCAUCACUGCUCUCAAAGUCCAUCUGAACGAGAAAACAGCUUCUCCGUUUCUCCGCCAUCAAAGCAACAUGACUAUCAAACCAAAGUGCUCGGAAGUACGACUUCUCAAAUCGCUCUCAACAUUAAUCUUCGUGUUCAUCUGCUCGUGGAGCUUAUCCCUUGUUAUUUUCCACGUCUCUUUGUAUUUUGACUCGAAAGUCACCUAUCAAGUGCACAAGUAUACGGUACGUUCGGAAAGACACGAUACAAUUGGACUGGAUCGCCUCCACUUUCAGUUCCUCCUCCAACUUCCCACUUUUUGUCAGAACUUUUUUGUUACCGCUCUCCGUUCGCCCAGAUAUCGGAGAGCCUACGUGGAGCAAAUGAAAUUUCUGUCUUGCGUCGAUUCGACGAAUUCGAGAUGUCGGUAUAGCACGUCAGUCAAAGUAAUUAGGAAAAGUUAAACAUGUGCAGUUUUCAGUGAGAUCAAUAUAAAAAAGCUGAAUCCAAUCGUGGAAGUCCGACGGUUCAACUCACUUCCUCCGGGUUUUCUGUGA